CCAACCAGCCAGUUAUGGUGGACGUGGCCGCAUCGGCAGCGCCUGUCGCGGAGGCCGCCAUGAACCCCUUCGCGCGCGCACAAAUGUUUGAAGCUUGCAUACAGAACUACAGUGGUGAUGACCCACUUGAUCCUUGGUAUAGAUAUUUUCAGUGGGUGGAAGAGAUGCCAGAAACAGAGGAAAGGCAAAACUACCUCUUGCAGUUGCUGGAGCGCCUUGUGAAAACCUUUUUAAAUUAUGAGAGGUACCACCACGACACAAGACUCAUCAGCUGCUGUGUGAAAUUUGCCACCUUCAUUGAUAACCCAAGUCAGUUUUUUGACUUUUUGUACAACCAAGGAAUUGGUAACCAUUCAUCCAUUCUAUAUGUUGCUUGGGCUCAGCAGCUUGUCAUACAAGGACAUUUGUCUCAUGCAAAUGCUGUUAUUCAGAAGGGUAUUUGCAAUGAAGCACAGCCCGUUGAAACCUUACAUCAGCAAAACAGACUGUUACAGAGUUGCUGGCCUCACAAUCCAAUUUCAAAUCAAGUUGAUGUCUUGCAGCCACUUGAUCGCCAGCUGUCCAAUCAAAUGGCUUCUAAAGAUGGGUCAGCUUGUGUUUUUCCAAACCAGAAACCAGACAAUUCUGAGCCACCACCCCUGGCUAGUCGAAGACAAGAAAACAUAGAACAGCCUAAAUAUAUAACCACCAUUUCCAAAUCAGAAGUCCUGCCAACAUCUUCAUCUAAUGGUCUCCUUGAGCAGAAGGCUAUGUAUGCUAAGAACCUCCUCUAUUGUGAAGGUUCUGAACUGUGCUUUGAAGAAGUAAGAGCCAAAGCUUAUUUGAAGAAGGCUGAACGUCUGAAGAGGCACAAGGAAUGGGAGGAUGAAGACAAAGAGUUCAUGAAAAAGAAAGAAAAUGACCUCCUUGAGCUGCAAGAACUACAACAGAAACUGGAUCAGCUCUCUCAGACAUCAUCUUCAUCCCAGAAGGGGCCAUCUAUACGCCAAUCCCUUCUAAGUAGCACACUGGGUGGACCCUGUGUCCAAAUCAACACAGCGCAGCAUUGGCCAGAAUGGGCAGCUCUUUCCUCAACUUCAGCUCUACACAAUUCUUUGAAUGUGAGCUCUACACAUCUGAGUUCAGCAGGAGGAACUUCUGCCACACAGCUAACCGGGAAUCAGCGACAGCUUUCAAGUUUCAGGGAGGUUUCAGCGGGUGGUAUUUCAAUUCCACAACCAAAUGAAAGUCUCCAGCAACAGUCAGCAUUGAUUUCUUCCAUGGCUGCGCAAACUGAGUCAGCGGCAUCCAAAACUAAACCUGAUCUUAAAGAAUGUGAGAGUAGCUUGCGUAAACUUCAAGUCAGCUGUGAGGAUUCGUGCUGUUCUACCACCAUCCACAGUUACCGUCAUGGAUCCCAGCCCUUGGAUACGUCUUGCCAGAACCAGCAGCAUUCCACAGAAAUGAGAGAUGGGAAUGCUCUGCUCUGCAGCUGUCAUGCAUCAGGGGCUAGAACCGCUUCUGUUUUUGUUGAUAGUCAUCAGGUUACUCCAAACACAUCGAGCCUGAUACAAGCAACUCCAUCUAAAGUGCAGCCGUCUCCUACUGUUCACACAAAAGAGGCCUUGGGUUUUAUCAUGGAUAUAUUCCAGGCACCUUCCUUAAAAGAUACUACCAUGCUUUCAGAGGAAGAAGAAGAUGAGCUUGAGGUCCUCUGUAAGAAUAAAGGACCGUGUGAAGCUGCCAUGAGGAAGCCCCCACUUGCUGCUGUACAACCCGCUUUCACCAUCUUUGAGGAUGAAAAUGCUGAGGUCUCCCAGCCAUGCAAAAAUUCAACAGAUGUCAGAGUCUUUGGUGAACGUCCCACAAUAGGCAGUGCCACCAAACCAGUGGAGGAAAGUCAGCCUGCUGAGGGCCUGACGGAUGACUGCACCUUGUGGGCGAAUAGCUGCAACAGAACGCUGGCACCCAAUCCGAACAACACAGGAGAUUUUGCUCAUGCCGCUCGCCUCGUCUCCACGCCAUUCAGUGGCAUUUCGGCGCAAGCCUACCAAGUGUCAAAAGUCAUUGAGAACCCGUGGGAUGACAGCUUAAUUGCCCAGCUUCUGUGCAGGUUGCCGAAACAGAUAAGUGCUUAUGCAAACACUUUUGAAUGGGGAUCGAAUCUUCCAGUCCUCAAGCCGAAGUCUGAACUCAAAUUGGACUCCACAACCUUCCAUGUUGAGUGCUUGCUUGGAGAAGGAGCUUUUGCACAUGUCUAUCAAGCAUCAAUCCUUGAUAUGGAUAAUGCAAAAAAUAAUCGGAAAGUAAUACUGAAGGUACAAAAGCCCGCCAGCCCCUGGGAAUUCUACAUAGCAGCACAGUUGACAGAGAGGCUUAAUCCAAGCAUGCGGCACCUUUUCAUCCACUUCUAUUCUGCUCACUUCUUCCACAAUGGAAGUAUUUUAGUCGGAGAGCUUUACGGAUAUGGAACUCUGUUGAACACCAUAAAUAUAUACAAAAAGCUGACGGAGAAGGUGCUGCCCCAAGCGCUUGUCAUCUACUUCACCAUAAAAAUCCUGCACAUGGUUGAAGAACUUCACCAGUGUGGGAUCAUUCAUGCGGACAUUAAACCCGACAACUUUAUUUUUGGUGAAAGGUUUUUGGACAAUGGCACCUGUGAUGUAGACGGCAUCUCUCAUGGCCUGACAAUCAUUGAUUUUGGCCAAAGCAUAGACAUGAGGCUGUUUCCAGAAGGAACUGUCUUCACAGGAAAGUGUGAAACGUCCGGAUUCCAGUGUAUUGAAAUGAUGACAGACAAGCCAUGGAAUUACCAGACAGAUUAUUUUGGAAUUGCGGCAACGGUGUACUGUAUGCUGUUUGGCACAUACAUGAAAGUGAGAAAUGACCAAGGGAUCUGGAAGCCUGACAGCAUCUUCAGGAGGAUUCCUAAUGCUGAUGUUUGGACUGACUUCUUCAUCACUUUGCUGAACGUACAAGACUGCAACCAGCUCUCCCCUCUGGGACGCUUGCGGGCAAGACUGAGAGACGUAUUUCUGAGUACUUACGCCACUAAAGUAACAGCUCUUCGCAACAGGCUGGCAGUGCUGCUUGUGGAAAACAAACGUUCACGCAAGUAG